GUUUGUUUAUGAGCGCAGUCACAGCGCUGUUGUCGCACUUUGAAGCAGAGAGGAGAAGUGGAUCAGCGUGAACCUGUCAGCAUGAAGAGGACCGCCGGGAUCGUGUUUUUAGCUCUCUGUGCUCUCACAGCACUGUCAUUGGCUGAAGAUGAAGAGAGGUUCCAUCCUUCUGGAUCUGUAGACCCCCCUAGGGCUGGGUUUGGCCAGUCUGGUACAACAGGGAAGCCAGAACCAACCUCACCACCCAAGUCUACAGAGACCCCAGCACCCAAGCCACCAAAAUCUACCCCGGCCCCAACAACCCAGCAUCCAAAACCUGCCCCGACAACCAAGCCACCAAAAACUUCCCCGGCUCAAACCACCCAGUCGCCAAAACCUACCCCGGCUAAAACCACCCAGUCGCCAACACCUACCCCGGCUAAAACCACCCAGUCACCAAAACCUACCCCGGCUAAAACCACCCAGUCACCAAAACCUACCCCGGCUAAAACCACCCAGUCGCCAAAACCUACCCCGGCUAAAACCACCCAGUCCUCAAAUACUACAGCAACACCUAAACCUCCCAAAACUACCCAGCAUUCGCAAACCACCAAGGUUCCAACAACCGCCCCUCCAACCACCAACACUUCCAAAACAACACCAGUACCAACCAAGCCUCCAGUCACCACUGCUAAGCCUACGACCACUCCUCCUUCUCCUUCUCCUACUCCCUCUGCCAACUUGACCGGUGGGAACUACACCCUCAUGGACAAAACUAAUAUCUGUCUGAUGGCCCAAAUGGAGCUACAGAUCCGCCUGGUGUCACCAAAGGGAAAUGGCACCUUUAUCGUUCAGCCAAAGUCAACCAAAGUAGAAGGAGAAUGCAAGGACCCCAAGGCUAACCUGACCCUCACCUUCAAGGAGGGCUUCAUCACCUUCUUAUUCAACAAGAGCUCGGAUAAUAACACCGUCUACGUCCACACCCUAUCCUUCAAGCUCCUGUACCCAAUGAACAAAGAGGAAAACAAGUUCAGUGGUUCGAACUCGUCGCUGCGAAUCUUCUCUGCAAAGGUGGGACACUCAUACUCCUGCAAGAAGGAGACCCUGUACAUGGGGAAGGGGCUGUACCUGGACGUGGACAAGGACAGGAUGCAGGCCUUCAACCUGACCAAGAGCAAUGAGUUUGGCCUGCCUGACCCAUGUGAAGCUGAUCAGCCUGAUUACCGCGUCGCCGUGGCGGUUGGAGUGACGUUGCUUGUGCUCAUUGUCAUCGUGGUCCUGGCCUACCUGCUGGGCCGCCGGAGGAGGACCGAUGGAUACCAGACCCUGUGAGGGGUCGGAUGCCGCCCAGAGGUCACUCCUUUGUAAAAGAUGUGGGCUGUGAUGUUUCUCAGGGGUUAAAGGGCACUUCCACUAAAGCCUAACCUGCAUUUUUCUGCCAUUUUUUUUUUUUUAAUUUAGGCUGGUUACACGCUAGAUGAUCACAUCUUAACUGAUUUAAAGAUGUGAAAAGACCACAGACAUAAGGACAGUUUCAGAUGAUUUUUAACAAGAUAAUAAUCAAAACACAAACAAUAGAUGACUCAGCUAGACAGUUAGACCACAAUGGAAAUUCCACAGACAUGAGAUCUCACAAAGGCCCAGUCCACAUGCAGGUGUGCAUGGGAAAGCGUGAUGUUUAUCUGCCAUGUUUGUGAGCUGUAGAAGUAUUAUCAGGUCUCUUCCUGCUCUGUAACUCUUAUUGGUCCCUGCAGAUUUUCUGUCAGAACCAAUCCAAUCUGGCAAUAUAAAGUCCAGAUUCCAGGUUGGGGAUGCUCUGACUUGAUCCGGAUCAGUAAAAUAAAAGUAUUGGCACCACAAACUGACCAUAUCCCUGAGUGCUGAGGGUAAAUCAGGCCUUAAAUCGUCUUGUGUGUAGCCAGCCUCUCUAUUUGAACUAAAUGAAACUAGAGUCUGCCACUGCAAUAAUUCAAAGUGACUGAUUAUAAUCAAUAAGCCAAUCAAUCUUGAUACUGUUGUAAAUUAACCAAUCAAAUUAGUGCUUAGAAGUUGUGUCGUUCAACUCUUCUCUGUAUUUAUUUGCUGGAUUGAAUUUGAAUUUUAAAAUGGAGUCAAAAUAAAUAUAUUUUUAAAGAAAUUAUUUUUUAUCUGUCUUUAUAUUCAUUCCUUUAGAUUGACAUUUUCAAACAUUUAAAAGAGGAACUGAUUUAACUUGAUAUUUAUCUUGAAUGUACUAACAGGCGCUGGCACUUCUUUAAGAAAGUGCAUGUUUUAAAGAUUAUCAAUCUAAAUUUAAAAUGUUCAAGGAAGCUAAAACAGCUUUGGUUUUUAAAUAGUGUGUUGCUAGUUGUUGGUCAACAAUUUCAAUUUGAUAAAUAUGCAAAGACUCAGAUUGUAGAAGUCAGAAGAUUUAAAAAACUGAACAAAUGUACUUUUAAAUUCUGUGGCAGAGGCAAGGAUAAUUUGAGUAAUACAAUUGGAAAUCAAUAUGCAUAAAGAAUAAGUAAAAACAACCAUGAAAAAAUAUUUGUUCAAUAAAACUUCAUUUAGUUUCUUCUGAAUUUGAUUUUGUAUUUGAAAUUAAAAUGUUACAGCAGAAUUUAAAGUAAUUUGGAUUAAAAAAAUGUGUUUUUUAACUUUUCAAAAUAUUUGAAACUGAAUUUCAAUGCAAAUUUUGAUUCAUUGUUUUAAGAAAGAGAAAAAAGGAGAUUUUGACAUGGUUUGUUUUUUUCCUAAAAUGAUGAAGAAACUUUAUAAGAUACAUAAUGAACCUAAUUAAUCAAUAGCUUUGGUUUUGUUAUUCCAGUGGCACUCUCUAGACUCUAUAUGUUUAGGUUUUUAACAGCCAAAUUAAAACUUUUUUUUUAAACUGUUCCUUUGUCCGGCCCUACACUAGUUAGUUUUUUUAUACAGCCAAAGGAUUUUUUUUUUUUUAUGAGAAAUCCAAAAUUAAAAAACAAGCCGUUUCACAAUUACUGUUAAAAGAUAAGUCAUGGGGGAAGAAACCCAUAGCCCUUUUAGACAGUUCUCAUCAAAUUGGAAAAUCAAGAAACGGUAAACUAGAAAAGCAAACUGUUAUUUUUUAUGUUCAAAAAGACAUGAAUAAAUGAGAAACAGUAUGUUUUUCAACUUACUGUUUUUUUUGCUCUGAUCAAAAAAGGAAGAUGAAAGAAUGGAACAAUACUGAUGUAACAUUCUUUUAUUCACAACUCCAACAUGUAGUAAAAAAGAAUGUUACAGUCCUAGUGUUCUGUUCAAAACAAAAAUGACAAAUGAACCAUUUUUUAUUUAUUCAUUCAAUCUAGGAAACAAAUAAUGUGAAACAAUAAAAAGAAAAAAAACACUGGUGAUGUUUUUUCACACCUGUAGCAGGUCACUCAUACACAAGAAAAGGGAUGUUACAUCAGGAGUAUUGUGCUCUUUAGUCUUCCUUUUUAGAUUAGAAAACAAAAACAAUCAAACAUGAUAUGAACUGUUUUUCAAAGAAUGGAACACUGUUGAUGAAACAUUCUUUUUUCAUGACACCUGCAGUGGGUCACACAUCCAAGAAAAAAGAAUGUUACAUCUCAAUUGUUCCAUUCCUUGAUCUUCCUUUUUAGAUCAGAAGACUAAAGCUAUCAAAUGAAAAACAAAACGUUUUUCAAAGACCAGACUGGUGAUAUAACAUUCUUUUUUUCACAACACAUGCAGAGGGUCAAAUAUAAUGGAAAAAAGAACGUUACAUCCCCAGUGUUCCUUGCUUCGAUCCUUUUUUUUUUUUUAAUCAGAAGACAAAAAAAAAUCAAAGAAAACAUGUCACAUUUCUCAGAUAAUGGCACACUUGAGAUCUAGCAUUCUUUUUCAUGACACCUGCAGCAGGUCACUGACACAGGGAAAAAAGAAUGUCAUGACGCCAAUGUUUAGGUCUUGGAUCUUCCUUUUAUAUCAGAAGACAAUAUCAAAUGAAAAACAAAACUACUUUCAGAAAAUGGAGCAUCCUUUUUUCACAACACCUGCCACAGGUGACAGGUCACAGUGUUCUGUCAUUUGAGCUUUCUUUUUUGAUCAGAACAACAACAACAACAACAAAAGAAAAACGGUCCAUUUAUUUGAUUUCAAGAAUGUGAAAAUUCCAUUCUUUUUUCCAUUUUUUAAAUUCUCAUUUUAAUACGAACUGCCUGAAAGGGCUGGAGGCAUAUUUUUCUGUGUUUUGUGUCCCUAUUUUUGAACAGUAUUUGGGUAACAACUUAUUUGUUGAUUUUGGAUACCUCAUCUCACAAAAAUCUGUUGACCAUUAAAUACACUGACCUGCCCUCCAUGGUUACUUUUGCUAGGCUAGAAAAAAAUACUGCGAUUUUACCAAAUGUUAUUGAUAUUUAAUUUGACUUAUUUUUUCAUUGAGGAUGAGUUUAUCCUCAGUGGAAGAAUAGUCAAAGAUGCAGUAGAGAGUGUGGAGAUAACUCCAAACCUCUAAAAACUUGUUAAAAUGGUUUAAAAUAUUACAGAUGUCUGUCUGACGAUGGUGAUGUCAGUUAUCCCUAACUGUCCUACAGUGGAACAUAAACAAAGUGUAGAUCAGCAUUAAGUUGUAAGUUGAUACUCGACUCAUUCUAAGAAACGAGAUAAAAAUAUACCUUUAGUCGCUCUGGCAGGCCCUUCUUUCAACCAGGCUGAGGUGAACAAAUGAAGGUCUUCAUUACUCCGCCAUGUUCCAGAAAAGCUCGCCAAGGCACAGGAAGAAGUCCAGCAAUGAUUGCUGUGAAAGGGGGCUCUCUGAUUGGUCCGAGCCACCACAGGGUCAGUUCCUUGCCUUAAAAUGUAAGGAUUGUCUCACUUUUUUGAAACAAAAUUAACAGAGCAUUCCUGGGACACUACAAAUAAGAAAGUAAAUAAUGACAAAACUGUACAAGCUGACAUUCUCAUUCUCAACUUCUGUUCUUCUGUUUACAGACAGCGUGGUAUUAAACAGUCAUUUUAUAACUUUUAUUUUCUAUUGAAUAUCAGCCUAAAUCAGUGUCAUACUUCCAGUUAGCAGGAAAUUGGGACAAAUACAUUAAAUCACAUUUUACUGAGUUUUAUGUAACUUUUCUUUAAGCAUCUAUGAUAUGUGUCCUUAGUUUUGUAUUUUAAAUGAUUUUUAUUUUUAGAAGAAUCAAAGUGUAUGUAUUGUGGCAUUAGGCUUUUUUUUUAAAGGGAAGUUACAUGUUUUUGAGCUUGUUGGCACUUUUAAUCAACACAAAUGAGAAAUAAGGCUGAUUUGAAUAAUACUUGCACUGAUUGUCAUUUUAACUGAUCUUUAUUGUUUGUACUGUGUGUAGCUGAUAAUUUGGGUUCAUAUGGACACCAUAAUCCUAGUGGGUCAAGAACGAGUCUGGACUGAUCCUGAUGACAUUUUUUUAGCCUUAGGAGUCCAUCUUUCCACCAGUUCUAGUCUGAUAACCCAUGCUGUCUUUAGUGCAGUGGUUUUUAAACCGAAAACUGAAAGCUAGCUUGUUUACAUGCCAGAUUGAUCUCAUUGCCUUGCCCAUCUAAUAGCUGUUCUGGAGCUUUAUAAGCCAAUAUCCUUGUUUGACUCAGCCUUAAAGAAAAGUCUAUAGGCUAUGGUGCUUUAAAGCAAUACAAGCGAAUUUAAAAGUGGCGUACGCAAGUUUUGGUGAAUAUCAUGUAAAAGCACCAGAAACCUAGUUAAUAGCCUUUUAAUGGGACUGUUUACUAGAAGGAGUUAGACAUUGAGUUAUAGCUUCUUAAUUCAUCCAAUAAAAUCCUCAGAAAUGUUUCUGUUAGCUUUACCAGCAAGCUAAAGUUAGCCAGCUGCUUAUGGCAUUAGGUGAUUUUGCAGACUGUAAGUUUGCUUGUUUACCAGACAUAUAAUCCCAGAAAGGUUCUUUAACUAAUAACCUUUUAGAUAAUAUGCUGGCCAAUCCCUUUGUCUAAGUUAGCCCAGAAUGAAGUAAUCAUGGGCAAGAAAAAGCAAAUUUAAACACGGGAAAAUCAGCGAAAAUCUACCUUUCAAAGGUAAUGUGAUAUGACGAAAAGCUCUUUGAGGGUUUUUUUUUUAAUUAUUUUUACCCUAAAAUCUAAAAUGAAGAGCCUUUGAUCAGGUUAUCAUGCAUACGAGAGCACAUAAGGGCCACUCUACAACUUUAAAAAUGUAAAGAAGCAUUGAUAUCAGAAAGAGUUUUCAUUUUUGAGAUUAAAAAGUCAUACUUUUACGAGAAACCAAACAGUACUAUUUUCAAUACUGAAAAAGUUUCAAAGUCAAUUUUUUCUUUUAAGAAAUCUGGUGAUAUUGAUAAUGUGAGGAUUCUGGGCUAAAAUCACUCGUAUUUCCUUAUUGACCAGUCCCAGUAAAAAAUAUUUGACGAGACUCUUCAUAUAGCCCUGUGAUUGACUGGCGAUUAGUCCAGGGUGUACCCCAUCUCUCGUCCAAUGACAGCUAGGAUGGGCUCCAGCGCCCCCAUGACCUCCAACGGGGUAAGCUGUAUAGAAAAUAGUCUCUUCAGGUGUUCUGGUUUGUGAGAUGUUAUAAAUGUCUGCUACUAUUUGAAUAGAAAAUUGUAGAUUGUGCCAAAAUAAAAACUGAAGUUUACCGUGUAAAUCUGAAAUAGAAAACCAAUAAAACCUUCAUCUAUG